AUGUCUCAAGAUUUAACACUCAAAGUAGUUGUUGUUGGAGAAUCCGGAGUAGGAAAAACAUGUGUUUCACUGAGAUUUCUUACUGGUGAGUUUUCUGGAACAACUACUCCAACAAUUGCAGCUGGGUUUUGCAACGCCAAGCUAAAAGUCGGUAAAACCAAUGUAAAUCUUCUUAUUUGGGAUACUGCUGGUCAAGAAGCUUAUAGAUCACUUACUUCACAAUAUUAUCGCGAUACAAAAAUUGCAAUUUUAAUGUUCGAUUUAACAUUACCGCAAACAAUGGAUGCCAUUAAUGAGUGGCAUGAUAGAAUAUGCGAAGUUAAUGACGGAAGAGUCAUUACUGUAUUAGUUGGAAAUAAAUCUGAUUUACCAGGAAGAAAAGUCACUGCUGAACAAGGCGAGAAACUUGCUGAAUCAAUAGGUGCUAUCUAUCGUGAAACAAGUGCGCUUACUGGUAAAGGAGUUACUGAAGUAUUCGAAGAUGCCUGCGAAGAAUACUUGAAGUUUAAUCCUACAUCAUCUAGACUACGCACAAAGCAAAGUGUUGACGUUGCCAAGCCCGAUGCUCCAAAGGGAAAUUGCAGUUGCUAA